AUGGGUUCCACAUUUUCGCCAUUGGGAGUUUUGAUUUUCGGUUUUUUUAUUAGCUUUUAUGCUUUUGUUGUUCAAUCUCAGAUAAAUGAUGUAAACUAUUCUCAAUCACGACAACAACUACCACAACUAACGCCGGUUUUUAUGGUGUCGCCUUCACCUCCACCACCUCCGCCGCCACCUCCGCCGCCUCCUCCUCCUCCUCCGCCAGCAACACCACCUCCUCGUCUGGAUCCCAAUUUUCCUCCCAUUAAAAUAACAUCACCACCCCCUCCACACCACCGUCACCGCCACCACCACCCUGUUCAUUCACCGCCUCCACCCCCGCCUCCGCCUCCUCCGCCUCCGCCUCCUCCUCCACACGGAAUGAAUGCUGGGAAAAUGGUCGGACUUUUGUUCCUUGGCAUUGCGGCUUUACUCCAGGUUGGUCUGGUUGGGUUCUUGGUAAUCAAAAGGAGACAGCUUUUGAAUGCCAAUGACAACACAUACGAGCCUUCUUCUUCUUGA